AUAGCAGUGGUCUCAAACUCAAUUCCUGGAGGGCCGCAGCUCUGCAGAUUUAGCUCCAACCACCUCCAACUCACACCUGCUUAGUAGUACUCUUGAACACUUUGAUUAGCUGGAUUACCUGUGUUUGAUUAGGGUGGUGUAAAACUGUGCAUAUCUGCAGCUCUCCAGGAAUCCAGUUUGAGACCUAUUGUUUAUAGAGUAAAUGUAAAGACGGCUUGCCAUAUCCCUCCUGAUUGUUUUGACAUCUCUUUUGCCAGUGCAAUAUAGACAGUGCAUUCAUCUACUGCAUUUAAUAACUCUACAAGCUAUUUGUUAGCACAAUCUCCUUAUACUGACUUUGUUGCGAAUACUCCGUGCCAUGCUUGAUGUAAUAUUUGAACUGAGAUGAGUAUUUUUUGACUUUAACUGUAUUUUGUAAACUUCGGACCUCCGGGGUGAUUUGAUUCAUUAUUUCAUCUGGUCGCUUCAGACUGGAUGUCUUUGUUGCCAGUUGUACAGCACUCUCACAUGAAUAGUCUUUAUGCACUGUCCACUGUAAGCCUCUUCAGAGGGCAAACUCUUAAAGCAACGCAUGGAUAUGCACAAGAGUAUGAGAACCACUCAUGCGGACUCUUGGUUGAACAAACACACACAUGCGCAAACAGACACGCGCAACUGCUUCACGAGUGACCUGCUGCACUGUGAGUGGAUCGGCAUAUAAGAAACCUUUCGCAAGGUCUACAGAUUUAAUGAUUUUUCAGCAUAAGACGCUGGUGUGUAACUUGAAUGUAUUGUCUUGCAAGCAAUGGAUGUAUCCAACCAAUGCAUUUUACUGUAAAGCAAUAAUCUAAAAAAAAGAAUAUAAACGACGAUAUAUGAAUCAUACGAGUAUUGUAUGGGAGAAAACGAUUAAAUUAUACGGUUCAUAAAUGUUUCUUGGGCGUCUGUCUUGCUUUUGGUCAUCGAGUGAGUGUUUGGCGCCCUCGCAUGUGUAAAAACGGAGAGUGCAGUUUUGGCCAUUUUGUGUUUUCUUCCAAGAUGGAAACACUGCUGACCUUUUGAGUCCCUUCCAGAGACUGUGGAGAAAUGGUGCUAUUGAAAUGUGCGCGUGUGACAAACUUUCUCCAGCGUGCUGUCGGAACGAAAGGACUGACAUACAGCACUCGAGCAAGAAAGAAACCAGGAUUUCAGCAGGCUAAUGUGGUGAUCUUGCACAAGGACCUUGCAGAUGACUUUGAGGCGUUUUGUCAAGCUAACAGUAGCCCUCUCCCGCUGCUGUACAGGAGCAAAUGUGGAGAAUGGAGUGCAGGCCCUCUCGCCACGGCAUCUGACAUCAGGGAGGACUGUCCAGAGUACUGUGUGUUUGAGAAUGGCAGGCUGAUAAAGAAGGUUUCUAGUUUGUCCUCCUUCACCCCUGAACUGGAGCACAUGGUCACGUUCUACCUCGGCUGUAGUUUUGGCUUUGAAUCAGCCUUGACAGCCGCUGGGGUUCCGGUGAGAAAUGUGGAGCAGGGCAGAAACGUCAGCAUGUACAAGACCUCAGUGCCUUGUAAUAAAGCAGGUCAGUUUUAUUGUCCGAUGGUGGUGACCAUGAGACCAGUACCAGAAGACAAGCUGGAUGCUACUGCUCAAUGCACACAUGCCAUUCCACUGGCGCAUGGAGGACCUGUUCAUAUUGGAGAUCCUAAGCUGCUGGGCAUUCGUGACUUGUCAUGUCCAGACUAUGGGGACCCAGUGGACGCUCAUCCUGCUGAUGUGCCUGUGUUUUGGGCCUGUGGGGUCACUGGUGUUGAGGCUGUACAGAGCUGCAAGUCUGCUCUAGCGUUCACACACUCUCCUGGUUGCAUGUUCAUCACCGAUCAAAAAGCAGAAGCCUUUUCUCCCCUCUCUCUGGAGCCAGCACAGCGCCCUUUGACAUUCUGCAUUUCCCAGGAUCCUCAGCAUUACAGCAUGGCCAGUGAAAGUGCCGUUCAACAGAUCCGAGCCAUUGAGGAGCUCGCUGUUGAAGACCCAGGUUCAAGAGGUAUCCGGGCCCUGUUCUUGCAGGAUGAGCUCCUGAAGGCCUGUCUGUCUCUUUCCCAUUCCUCCUCUGUCCUCAUCACCACCGGCUUCCCCACACAUUACAUGCACAGCCCUCCAGAAGAGACGGAUGGGCCGCCCGGGGCCCUUGCUAUGGCAGCUAUGCUUCAAGCGCUCCAUAAAGAGGUGGUCAUCGUGACGGAUCAGCGGGCUUUGGAGAUGAAUCAGCACAUCAUGCAGGAUGCUGUAAAGAAAGGUGUGAUAAAGAGUGCAGUGCCGGUUAUAAGUUUCCAGAGUAAUGGGCCUGACUCAGCACUUCACUUCCUGUGCGGUGAUGGAGAUCCUACUAAACCCAGAUUUGACCACUUGGUGGCGAUAGAGCGCAGCGGCCGUGCAGCAGACGGCAACUACUACAACAUGAGAGGAGUGAACAUCAAACACUUGCUGGACCCCAUAGAUGAGCUCUUCACCACCGCCAGCACUAUCGCUGGAAUCACCACCACAGGGAUUGGAGAUGGAGGUAAUGAGCUUGGUAUGGGUAAAGUCAAAGCAGCAGUUAAAGCCUACAUGCCUAAUGGGAAGCUGAUUGCAUGCGAUGUGGCUGCGGAUUUCGCCAUCACAGCAGGAGUUUCUAACUGGGGUGGCUAUGCUGUGGCCUGCGCUCUGUAUGUCCUGAAUCUGUGUCCAGUGCACCAGCGGUACCUCCAGAGGGGUUUGGGUCUGUCGCCCACACCUGAACAACAAAGCAAGUGGGCUGAAUGCCUGCCAACAUUGGCUUUAGAGGAAGAGAUGCUGCGCAUUUUGGUGAAGUAUGGCGUCCGCAGUGGCAAAACGGCAAACCUGGGACUGGAAGUGGAUGGAUUAACCUUUCACCCAUACCAUUCCGAUAUCAUACAGCGGCUUCGUCAUCUCACUUAUGACUAACAUCAUCAUGGAGCCACAGCAGGAAACAUGAAACAGAUCUGCCAUGAUACAGAUCUCUUUUUGUAGUUUCACUUAUAUGUGAAUGUGAUGGAAAGAUCUGUCUUGGUAACAAGUGUAUAAAGAGUCUGCAAAAUAAAAUAGUGUUUUGA